UUUCCUCCUCCUUUCUUCUCAAACCUUCUCUUGCAGUCUUUUUCGUUCCCGCUGCCGGCAGCCCGCAUUUAACUCUAUUCAUUCAUUUGAUUUUUACCUCAAAUUACCUCACGGUCAUUAAUAUCCAAUCAGAUCACCAUGCAGUUCACUCAAUUGUUGGUAUUGGCCUUGACGGUCGCGGUCCAGGCUGCCCCCAUUGAUGGAGAGGUGGGCUUGGAAGCACGCCACCACAAGGGCGCCACCGGUGCAACUGGAGCUGCUGGAGCGAAGGAUGCCGGUGCAGGAGGCCUAGCUGCUUUGUUCGGAGGUGCUGCUAAAGCUGGUGCUGCCAAGCGUGAUGAAGAACUCGAAGCAAGACACCACAAGGGAGCUACUACUGCUGCUACCGGUGCCGCAAAGGGUGCUGGUGCUGGAGGCUUGGCUGCAUUGUUCGGUGGUGACAAGGCUGGUGCUGCGGCUCGUGAUCUGGAAGAGCUUGAGGCCCGUCACCACAAGGGAGCUACUGCAAAGGGAGCAAAGAAGGCAGGCGUUGCGGCUCGUGAUCUCGAGGAACUCGAGGCUCGUCACCACAAGGGAGCCAAGAAGGCAGGUGCUGCGGCUCGUGAUGUCGAGGAGCUUGAGGACCGUGCUGCGGCUCGUGAUGUCGAGGAGCUUGAGGAUCGUGAUCUGGAAGAGCUCGAGGCCCGUCACCACAAGGGAGCUACUGCAAAGGGCGCAAAGAAGGCAGGUGCUGUGGCUCGUGAUGUUGAAGAGCUCGAGGCUCGUCACCACAAGGGAGCCAAGAAGGCAGGCGCUGCGGCUCGUGACGUUGAGGAGCUCGAGGCAAGACAUCACAAGGGUGCAACCACUGCCGCUACUGGUGCUGCAAAGGGCGCAGGUGCCGGUGGAUUGGCUGCCUUGUUCGGAGGUGCCAAGGCAGGAGCUGCUUAAGCUUAAUUAGAGAGCUACAUAAAAUACACACAUCCACUUCUCUUCUUCCUAAGAC